AUGGUGCCCGACGCUUAUUCCGGCACACUGAAGGAUCAGCAUGCGUCCUUUAUGGAGGACUACGAGAAGGAGAUCAUCGACGGCCCUUCCGUAGACGAGUCCCUCUACGACGAGCCACCUCCGCAACCCCACGCCGCAUAUACAGUGGUGCAUGAUCUCGGAGGACGAGAGGAGGUCAAAGUGCGAGAGUCCCAGAGCCUCGAAACUCGAGCACAAGCGCAGAGCAAUCAAGAAAAUUUCCGACUCCUCCCUCAAUCUCAAAGAGCCCAAGACCAACUCACGCAGCCGCCACCUGCCCAUGCCACAUCGAGCAUCAAGCCGCCCACCGCACCCGCCAUCGCGCCACCUGUCCCAGUUGCGCACCCGCUCGCGUCCCAGAUCGCGCUCCCUCCGCCGCCGCCCAUUGUUUUGCCACCAUUCUCCGCUUUUGCUCCUCCGGUGGCGGCGCCCAUUGCCACCGCGCCACCGCUCGCUAUGUGCGCUCCGCCGACCCCCAUCACGCGGAGCUUCAUGCCCGAGUUCGGGAUCCUUAGAGUCGGACAGGGCACGCGCUUCGACGAUCAUAGUGAAGAGCUGCAAAUAGAUAAUCACCGGCCCUCGGGUAUGGUACCGUCGCUCUGCUUAAAGACCGCGUUCUGGUGGCACUGCGUUUGUAGGUCGUUCGGAAGCGCGACCUCAUACUGA